UCCUGCCAUCCUGGAAUUUGCUUCGAUUUUGAAUAGAGAAAGCACCUUAACACCUUCGCUCAUUCCUUUCAGAUUGUCUCUUUUAACGAUCUCUUUAACUUCAUACCUCACACAUGUUUCUUUGAUCAUACACUUUCUACAACAGCUUUCUUUCCAAACACCUUUCAAAAGAUUGAAGGCCAACCCUGUUUGUAACUUACUGGAUUACCCUUUUCUCAAUUGAUUCCAUUCCAGCAGAUCUUUCUAUUGCUUGAGAUUUCGUCCUUGGUUGUUGCUGAACUGAUAUCAAGAAAUCUUCUUGAUGAAGCUGGAGCGGUCUUCAGGUUUGACCUUUGAGCAGUAGAUCAGGCCUGUGACUGUCGUAUACAUAAAACAAUUCGGGAAGAGAGAUUUUUGGUUUUUGUUUCACAAGUGUUCUGGAUAUUAUAUUUGAUGCUAAUAAUAAACCCAUUCAGUUGACAGCUAAUAAAUAAAUGGCACGUGGGAAAAUAAGGUCAAGGCUUCGUCGGAGUCAUCUCUACACAUUUGCAUGCGUUCGACCCCAUGCUGAAGAGGGUGAUGAGCCUCAUCAAUUUAUUGGCCCUGGAUUCUCUAGAAUUGUUCAAUGUAAUCAACCAAAGCUCCAUGAAAAGAAGCCUCUUAAGUAUUGCUCCAACUACAUCUCAACAACAAAGUAUAACAUCAUCACUUUCCUUCCUAAAGCCCUCUUUGAACAAUUCAGGCGUGUCGCCAACGUGUAUUUCCUCUUCACUGCACUUUUGUCCCUCACACCACUCUCUCCUUUCUCGGCUGCUAGCAUGAUUGUUCCCUUGGUGUUUGUCAUUGGCCUUAGUAUGUUAAAGGAGGCAUUGGAAGAUUCACGAAGGUUUAUUCAGGAUAUGAAAGUCAAUGUGCGGAAAGCCAAUGUUCAUAGGGGGGAUGGCGUAUUUGGUCAAAAGCCGUGGAUGAAACUUCGAGUUGGAGAUGUGGUGAGAGUUGAAAAGGAUAAUUUUUUCCCUGCUGACUUACUUCUACUGUCCUCGACCUAUGAGGAUGGGAUCUGUUAUGUGGAGACGAUGAAUUUGGAUGGGGAAACAAACCUGAAAGUAAAGAGAGCUAUGGAGGUAACAUUACCUUUGGAUGAUGAUACGGCAUUUAAAGAUUUUAUUGGUAGAAUAAGAUGUGAAGAUCCUAAUCCCAACCUCUACAAUUUCGUGGGAAAUCUUGAGUAUGAUCGUCAAAUGUUUCCUCUUGAUCCAAAUCAGAUUUUACUUAGAGAUUCAAAACUUAGAAAUACAUCUUACGUGUAUGGGGUGGUAAUAUUCACAGGCCCUGACAGUAAAGUCAUGCAAAAUUCAACUAAAUCCCCGUCAAAAAGGAGUACAAUUGAAAAGAAGAUGGACAAGAUCAUUUAUUUUCUUUUCAGCUUCCUUCUCUUAAUAUCAAUCAUUAGCUCAAUAGGUUUUGCAGUCAAGACAACAUAUCAGAUGCCAAAAUGGUGGUACUUGCAACCAUAUGCCAAGUCUGAUUAUUCUUCUUCUUACAAUCCAGAUAAACCCGCAUUGUCAGGUUUAUUUCAUCUAGUUACUGCUCUUAUCCUCUAUGGGUAUUUGAUUCCGAUAUCUCUCUAUGUUUCGAUCGAAGUAGUGAAGGUUCUGCAAGCAAUCUUCAUUAACAAGGACCUCAAUAUGUUUGAUGAAGAAACAGGAAUACAUGCUCAAGCUCGGACAUCUAACUUGAAUGAGGAGUUAGGCCAGGUUGACACCAUCCUUUCGGAUAAGACAGGCACACUGACAUGCAACCAAAUGGAUUUUCUCAAAUGUUCAAUUGCUGGGAAUGCAUAUGGAAAACGAGCAAGUGAAGUUGAACUUGCUGCUGCAAAGAAGAUGGCUGUUGACGACCUUGAAGGACAUGAUUCUUGUAGUAAUGAAAUUAACGCAGACACUUCCGAGAUCGAACUUGAGACAAUCACUAGAACUAAUGUUGAACAACCUGAGAAGCAUGUGAUAAAGGGUUUUAAUUUUGAAGACAAUCGCCUAAUGAAUGGAAAUUGGACGAGGGAAUCAAAUUCAGAAGUCAUCCUAUUAUUUUUCAGGAUUUUAUCUAUUUGUCAUACUGCAAUUCCUGAACGAAAUGAAGAAACUGGUGAAUUGACCUAUGAAGCUGAAUCUCCUGAUGAAGGAGCUUUUCUUGUAGCAGCAAGGGAGUUUGGGUUUGAGUUUUGUAGAAGAACACCAUCAAGCAUAUAUGUCAGUGAAAGACAUUCCUCUUAUAAUGAGCCAGUAGAGAGGGAAUUCAAAAUUCUGAAUCUAUUGGAUUUCACUAGCAAGAGGAAAAGAAUGUCUGUUAUAGUUCGGGAUGAGGAUGGUGAGAUCUUUCUCUUCUGCAAAGGGGCAGACAGCAUCAUCUUUGAUCGACUAGCAAAGAAUGGAAGAAUAUUUGAGAAAGCUACCACUAUGCACUUAAAUGAUUAUGGAGAGUCUGGGUUGCGUACAUUGGCACUUGCCUACAGGAAGCUCGGAGAAGAGGAAUAUGCUGGUUGGAACAGUGAGUUUGUUAAGGCGAAGACCACCAUUGGAGGUGAAAGGGAGGCAAUGCUUGAAAGAUUGUCAGAUAUUAUAGAGAAGGACUUGACGCUAGUUGGUGCAACUGCUGUAGAAGACAAACUGCAGAAAGGGGUGCCACAAUGUAUAGAUAAACUGGCUCAAGCUGGACUCAAAAUCUGGGUUUUGACUGGAGACAAGAUGGAGACCGCAAUCAAUAUUGGGUUUGCCUGUAGUCUGCUUCGACAGGGUAUGAGACAGAUUUGUAUAUCUGCAACAAAUACAGAUACACUAGCGGAAGAUCCCCAAAAGGCUGCAAGGGAAAAUAUUUUGCUGCAAAUCACUAAUGCAUCUCAAAUGGUCAAGCUCGAGAACGACCCUAAUGCAGCAUUUGCGUUGAUAAUUGAUGGGAAAACAUUAACAUAUGCUUUGGAGGAGGAUAUGAAGCAUCAAUUCUUAAACUUAGCUGUGGACUGUGCAUCUGUAAUAUGUUGUCGUGUCUCACCUAAACAAAAGGCCUUGGUGACAAGAUUAGUGAAAGAAGGAACUGGAAAGACCACCUUAGCAAUCGGAGAUGGGGCAAAUGAUGUUGGAAUGAUUCAAGAAGCAGAUAUUGGGGUUGGAAUAAGUGGAGUGGAAGGCAUGCAGGCUGUGAUGGCUAGUGAUUUCUCCAUUGCACAGUUUCGCUUUCUGGAAAGACUUCUAGUUGUCCAUGGACACUGGUGCUACAAGAGAAUUGCUCAAAUGAUCUGUUAUUUCUUUUACAAGAACAUAACUUUCGGUCUCACACUCUUCUACUUCGAAGCAUUUGCCAGCUUCUCUGGGCAAUCAGUUUAUGAUAACUGGUAUAUGCUGCUGUUCAAUGUUGUCCUCACCUCAUUGCCGGUCAUUUCAUUAGGGGUUUUUGAGCAGGACGUUUCUUCUGAGAUUUGCUUACAGUUCCCAGCACUUUAUCAGCAAGGACAAAGAAAUUUGUUUUUUGACUGGAAGAAGAUAUUUGGAUGGAUGGGAAAUGGUCUAUACUCUUCUAUAAUUAUCUUCUUCCUUAACAUCUUCAUUUUCUACAAUCAAGCUUUCCGUGAAAAUGGGCAGACAGCGGACAUGUCGGCUAUGGGGACAUCCAUGUUUACUUCCCUUGUGUGGGCGGUGAAUCUCCAGAUUGCCCUCUCAAUGAGCCACUUCACAUGGAUUCAACACUUUAUUGUGUGGGGGAGUGUUGCUGGAUGGUACUUGUUCCUCAUUCUCUAUGGAAUGAUCUCUCCGGUUUAUUCUAAAGAUGGGUAUAAGCUUCUCGUCGAAGCUCUUUCACCAGCUCCCAUAUUUUGGUCCUCAGCCCUCCUUGUAGCUGCUCUCUGCAAUCUGCCUUACCUUGUUCAUAUAUCCUACCAAAGAUGCUUUCAUCCCAUGGAUCAUCAUGUGAUCCAAGAAAUCAAAUACUGUAAGACAGAUGUGUCGGACCGGGUUAUGUGGACUCGCGAACGAACCAAAGCAAGACAAAAGACUAAGAUUGGGUUUACGGCUACAGUGGAUGCCAAGAUCAGACAUUUGAAAUCCAAAUUGAUGAAGAACUAUCCAUCCAUAGACUCACAUCGUUCAAAUCAGUAAAGAUUUUCACUUGAUUCAUUCUUGGGUUUUUUCAAGCUUAAAGGUUUUUAGGGGGUUUUGGUGUUUUAGCCUCUAUUCUUUUCUUCACAUUCAUUCUCCCCUCCCUCAUGUGAAUAUGGCCAUUAUAGUAGUGUGUUUGUUGAAGGUUUUGAUAUGAAGAUUAUUGAAGUUGUUUGUUGUAUGUACUUGAUGAUAAAUACAAUUGUAAUAGAUAUUUUCAAAAUGGUUACUCCCCUAACAGUC